AUGGCGAUCGAAUCUGUCCCUGUUAAUGAAUCUGCACUGCCGUUGGUGCAGCAUCUAAGCAAGAACCAUGAUCUGGUCCUCAGGACGUUUCGAAUGCUUAUCGCGGAUCUAUGCCAGCAGUUUGGUGGUGGACACCCAGGGGGUGCCAUCGGCAUGGCGGCCAUUGGCAUCGCCCUUUGGCGGUACGUGAUGCGCUAUGCACCACAUACUCCGGAUUACUUCAACCGUGAUCGAUUUGUUCUCUCCAAUGGACACACCUGUCUCUUCCAAUACACAUUCCUACAUCUCACCGGGUACAAGGCUAUGACUUUCGAGCAACUCAAGUCGUACCACUCGGACCGCGUGGACGCUCUGUGCCCUGGUCACCCGGAGAUUGAGCACGAGGGUAUCGAAGUGACCACGGGACCUUUGGGCCAGGGUGUCGCGAAUGCCGUUGGUCUUGCCAUUGCCAACAAGAACCUUAGUGCGACAUUCAACCGGCCCGGGUACGACUUGGUGUCCAAUCACACCUGGUGCAUGAUUGGCGACGCAUGUUUGCAGGAGGGUGUCGGCCUUGAAGCCAUUUCCUUCGCCGGCCACCUGAAACUCAACAACCUGACUGUUAUAUACGACAAUAACCAGAUCACCUGCGAUGGAUCGGUAGAUCUCACCAACACCGAGGAUGUCAACGCCAAGAUGCGCGCAUGCGGAUGGGGCGUUAUUGAUGUCAACGACGGAUGCUACGAUAUUGAGGCUCUGGUGCGAGCCCUUGAGCAGGCCCGCGCAUCGCAAGACAAGCCGACAUUUAUCAACGUCCGCACUGUCAUCGGUCUGGGCAGCAGCGUCGAGGGCAAGGCAGCAGCCCAUGGCGCCGCUUUUGGCGUCGACAAUGUGGGUGAGAUGAAGAAGGCGAACGGAUUCAACCCAGACGAGCACUUUGUCAUUGGCGACACCGUCCGACAAUUCUUCGAUGACCUUCCGACUCGUGGAGAGAAAUUAGUGCAGGAAUGGAACAAACUCGUGGGACGGUACACAGCACAAUAUCCCGAAUUGGGUGCUGAGUUUCAACGUCGGAUGCGCGGUGAAUUGCCCUCCAACUGGAAGGAAUUGAUUCCGACUAGCUUUCCCGAGAAGCCAACAGCGUCGAGGGCAUCGUCUGGACUCGUGUUCAACCCGCUUGCGCAGAAUGUUCCCACAUUCAUGGUUGGCACAGCAGAUCUGUCGCCCUCGGUCAACAUGAUCUGGAAGGACAAAGUGGAUUUCCAACAUCCUGACCUGCGCACCAACUGCAACAUAAAUGGCAACUACUCCGGCCGCUACAUCCACUAUGGUGUCCGCGAGCACGCCAUGGCCGCCAUCUCCAACGGCUUGGCCGCAUAUGGACCAACCACCAUUGUCCCCGUCACGUCUUCUUUCUUCAUGUUUUACCUGUACGCUGCGCCGGCCGUACGAAUGGGUGCCCUCCAAGGCCUUCAAGUCAUCCAUGUCGCCACUCACGACUCCAUCGGUAUGGGUGAAGAUGGACCAACACACCAGCCCAUCGAGCUGGCUGCUCUCUAUCGGGCCAUGCCUAACCUGCUGUACAUUCGACCUGGCGACAGUAACGAGACAGCAGGUGCGUGGAUUGCCGCCAUCGAGGCCAAGAACACGCCAACGAUCAUCUCUACUUCACGGCAUGUUUUGCCUCAGCUGAAGCAGACACGUCGGUCUGGUGUCGCCCGCGGUGCUUACAUUCUCGAAGAGGACAGCCAUGCCAAGGUGACAAUUAUCGGAGUGGGCGCGGAGCUUUCUUUCGCGUUGGAUGUCGCGCAGAGCCUGAAAGAGACCCGCGGCAUCGCCGCCCGCGUGGUCAGUUUCCCUUGCCAGCGAUUGUUCGAGCAGCAGCCAGUCGAGUACAAACGCAGUGUUCUCCAGCGCCACGCCGGUACUCCUGCGGUGGUUAUCGAACCUUAUGCACCCAAUGGUUGGGAACGGUAUGCGGAUGCAGCUAUCUCCAUCAGACGGUUUGGACAGAGUUUGCCAGGUAAGGCUGCGUACAAGUUCUUCGGCUAUGAGACCGACGUGAUGACGAACAAGGUGGCUGGCUAUUUGGACCAGCUGGCCGGAGGCCAGGUGCUGAGAGGAGAGUUUGUAGAUUUGUAA